AUGGAGAUAUCAUCGACCAAAUGGCUUUCUGAACUGGAAAUGGAUGAUUUCGAGUACAUCCAGCAAUGCGACAUGAACACUCUUGAUGAUGGGUUUGCCACCGCAAUGCGAGAGAACUUUCAACAAUCUCUCUCUUCUGAAAGUCACUCUUCUUACCCUGCUUUCAAUACCAAAACCACAAUCACCACCAACACCUUUAGUAAUUCUUCUAUAUCUCAGAACAGUUUUGAGAGGCCAGCCAAACAGACGAAGACGAACAAUUGGAACUCUGGCAUCGCAGAGCAUGGUUCAAUACCAAAACCUUCUUCCUCCUCCCAUAUUCUUUCAUUUUGGAACUCAAAUUCGUUGCCAGCAGACUCUAAGCAGUUCUUUAGAACUCUCGACUCUUCUUUGAAGCCGAAGGAUGAGGUUGUUUGUCAAGUAAACAAACACGUACAUUUGAUUUCCAAGGGUUCCGCAGAGAACCAAGACCAUGGGACUCAGAAAACCAACUCAAUGACUAGAACACCCUCAAAUGCUCAAGAUCACAUAAUGGCAGAGAGAAAGCGUAGAGAAAAGCUCAGCCAACGGUUCAUAGCUCUUUCAGCCAUUGUUCCUGGCCUUAAGAAGAUGGACAAAGCUUCUGUUCUUGGGGAUGCUAUCACGUACGUGAAAGAGCUUCAAGCACGUGUAAACUUGCUGGAGGAACAGACGAAGAAGAGAACUGUGGAAUCUUUUGUUUACGUGAAGAAGGCUCAGCUCUCUGCUGAUGAUGACACCUCUUCAUGUGACGAGAACUUCCAUGGCCGCUCAGACGAAGCAGCACUCCCCGAAAUAGAAGCAAGAAUUUCAGAGAAGGAUGUACUUAUCCGAAUCCACUGCGAGAAAAACAAAGGAGCUGUAGUGAGAACACUAUGCGAAAUAGAGAAGCUUCAUCUAUCUGUUGUCAAUAGCAGUGUCUUGCCAUUUGGGAACUCCAUACUUGACAUGACCGUGAUUGCUCGGAUGGACAAUGAGUUCGACUUGACAGCAAAGGAUAUAGUGAAAUGCCUACGUUUGGCUGUAUAAUUAAAUUACAUGUAAAUUCAACAUGGUAGAACAAGAUCAUCAUGAGUUCAUGCAUUGAAGACCGCAUUCUAAUUUGAAGCUAAACAUCAAGCUCUGGAAAAGAGA